CAACGAAACUUUAGUUACAACUUACAAGCCAAUGUCUGGGUGGUGUUUGGAACCUAGGUUCCGGAUUUUUUUCUCAUUUUUUUUCACUAAAAAAUAAAUUUUUUACAAAAUCAAAAAAACACAUUCAAACAAAAUAUCACAUUCAACUCCAUAAUCAUUUCACUUUUUCUCUCACAAACAUCACAUCCAACCACAUAGAAACCCAAUUAUCUUUCCAAACACCAAAAUUUUUUUAUCUAAUAAAAACCUAUAACUAAAAAAACCUACAUAAAAAUCCACUUCCCGAACACCAUGUGUGCUAAAUUGUGGCCACCAAAAACUCGCAUUCCAGUUGUAGCAGGCAAGGAAUGUGCACCACGGUUGCUGGAUUGCAUAAAACGGCUUAUAAAAGUACAACCGGCUAAAAGACUUCCACGUAAGCCCUACGACGACAACUUUUUUGUCGAAUCUGAAGCGGAGGACACUGCUAGAAAUAGGUCCGAUUUGGGUCGUGACCAAGCGUCUUCUGAGCAAGCGACAACUUGUAUUUAUAAGGUCCCUGAGGAGCUUCGUACACUAAAAGAGAGUGCGUAUAAACCGCGUGUUGUUUCUAUCGGACCAAUUCACAGCAAUGACAAACGUCUUGAUGCAAUGGAGCAGAUCAAAUUGAGUUACAAAGAAUCAUUUUGUUCCAAGUACAUGUCCGAAACACAAAAGCAACGCUGUUUGACUGCCAUGGAACAACCUCAAUUUGAAGCCAGUGUAAGAAAGUGCUAUGCAGACAAAAUUGAACUCACAAAAAAAGAAAAGCAGCAGAAUGGUUCUUCUAAAAUCCUAGCUCAGAUGAUGUUUAAUGAUGGUUGCUUCAUAAUUGAACUUCUGUUCAGGUCCUACUUGGCCAAAAAAGAACCUGAAAAAGCAAAAGAAAAGAAAAAGAAAAACAAUGGUGACCCAAUUUUCGACAGCCCCAUAAGGCUCCGUGCCAUCCGACAUGACUUGCUACUGCUAGAGAACCAGAUUCCCUUCUUUGUUCUUGAAAAAUUGUUGAAGUUUGCUGUGCCAAGUAUCCCAGAUCCUUCUUUAAACAAACGUUAUCUUAUUCGGUGUGUGCUUUCAUUCUUUGGCAAUCUUUUCAGACACGGAGAUGAUACACUUGAAAAGAAGGGUGACCCCCAUGAUUAUCAUAUCCUCGAUGUUUUACACAAGUGCUACCUUCCUGAUCCUUCACCGGAAGAGGAAAACGAUAAAACCAGAUCCAGAUUCCCAUCUGCAUCAGAACUUGACUUGGCAGGAGUACAAUUCAAGAAUCGUGAUGGAGAAGACCUAUUCGACGUUGAAUUCGUUAAACCUCCAGGCCCUUUAGGGUGCUGUCGUAGAGCUCAGUUUGAAAUACCUACUUUGUCAAUUCGCGAUGACACUGAGCCAUUAUUACGAAACCUCAUUGCUUUCGAGCAAUGUUGCCCUAAUGUUCCACGUCACAUCUCUUCGUAUGGCUUCCUUAUGGAUACACUCAUCAACUCUGCUCACGAUGUUGAACUGCUUGAAAAGGCUGAAAUCCUACAAAACUAUUUGGGUACCAGCCAAGACAUCGCAGAUCUCUUCAACAACAUCUGCAAGGAAGUUGUCGUGGGAAGGUUCUAUUUUGAAAAAACAUGUGAGGACGCUCGCAAUCACUGUCGCAAACUGUGUCCAAGAUUUAUGGCAUCGCUCAGACGCGAUUACUUUGCUAAUCCAUGGACAGGCAUAGCUGUUGUUGCUGCCGUUACCAUAUUUGGCCUCACAAUCGUGCAAACAACUUACACAGUCCUCCCCUAUUACACGAAGAAAUGAGUGUCUGGAUAAUCACUACUAUUUAGCAAAUAUUUAGUGAUUAUAUGUUUGUAUGUAUGAAUAAUAAUCCUGUAGCUAAAAUUAAAUGGAGUUGUUUUCGCGAAGAAAUGGCUCAUGUAUAUGUUUCUCAUCUUGGAGUGAUGGAGGGGCUGGCGUAGCGGGGAAAUAUUGGGGUAUUAGGGGCAGUGCAAGAUGGGAUUUAGGGUUUGAAUGAUUAAGAGUAGUAGUUGAAUUUGAAUUUCAUGAUAGAAUGAAGUUAUAACAAUAUGGGAGUGUAAAGAAUAAAUAUGGUUGUUAUUAACAA